AAGGGGCCGGGCCGGGCCGGGAGCCGCGGGGCAGCGCGGCGGGACGGCGGCGCCCAGCGCAGCCCAGCCUCACCCCCGAGCCGGCCGCCGGGCCCGGUUCAACGGCGGAGCCCGCGGCCCCGAGCGGCUGCGCUCAGCUCCAUGAAUGGAAAUCGGCAGCGCAGGACCCGUCGGGGCACAGCCCCUACUCAUGGUGCCCAGACGUCCUGGCUAUGGCACCAUGGGCAAACCCAUUAAACUGCUGGCCAACUGCUUCCAAGUUGAAAUCCCAAAGAUUGAUGUCUACCUCUAUGAGGUGGAUAUCAAACCAGAUAAGUGUCCUCGGAGGGUGAACAGGGAGGUGGUGGACUCAAUGGUGCAGCAUUUUAAAGUGACAAUAUUUGGGGACCGUAGACCGGUUUAUGAUGGGAAAAGAAGCCUCUAUACAGCCAAUCCGCUUCCUGUGGCCACUACUGGGGUGGAUUUGGAUGUGACAUUACCAGGAGAAGGUGGAAAAGAUCGUCCCUUCAAAGUGUCAAUAAAGUUUGUUUCUCGGGUGAGCUGGCACUUGCUGCAUGAAGUUUUGACAGGAAGAACCUUGCCUGAGCCUCUGGAACUAGACAAACCUAUCAGCACUAACCCUGUUCAUGCUGUCGAUGUGGUGCUACGACACCUACCCUCCAUGAAGUAUACCCCUGUGGGCCGCUCCUUUUUCUCAGCUCCAGAAGGCUAUGAUCACCCCUUGGGUGGGGGCAGGGAGGUCUGGUUUGGAUUCCAUCAGUCUGUUCGGCCUGCCAUGUGGAAGAUGAUGCUCAAUAUUGAUGUUUCUGCCACUGCCUUCUACAAAGCACAACCUGUAAUUCAGUUUAUGUGUGAAGUUCUUGACAUUCAUAAUAUUGAUGAACAACCGAGACCUCUGACUGAUUCUCAUCGGGUAAAAUUCACCAAAGAGAUAAAGGGUCUAAAGGUAGAAGUGACUCACUGUGGAACGAUGAGAAGGAAAUACCGUGUUUGUAACGUAACAAGGCGGCCUGCGAGUCAUCAAACCUUUCCUUUACAGUUAGAAAAUGGCCAGACUGUGGAGAGAACAGUAGCACAGUAUUUCAGAGAGAAAUACAACCUUCAGCUGAAAUACCCUCAUCUUCCUUGCCUACAAGUGGGACAAGAACAGAAACACACCUACCUGCCUUUAGAAGUCUGUAACAUCGUGGCUGGCCAGCGGUGUAUCAAGAAGCUGACGGACAAUCAGACAUCGACUAUGAUAAAGGCCACAGCCAGAUCUGCUCCAGAUAGGCAAGAGGAAAUAAGCAGAUUGGUGAGAAGUGCAAAUUAUGAUGCAGAUCCAUUUGUUCAAGAGUUCCAGUUCAAAGUCCGGGACGAGAUGGCCCAUGUCACAGGGCGCGUGCUCCCGGCUCCCAUGUUGCAGUAUGGAGGACGGAAUCGAACAGUGGCAACCCCAAGCCAUGGAGUAUGGGACAUGCGAGGGAAGCAGUUUCACACUGGUGUUGAGAUCAAAAUGUGGGCUAUAGCCUGCUUUGCAACGCAGAGACAGUGCAGAGAAGAAAUACUGAAGGGUUUCACGGACCAGCUGCGCAAGAUCUCCAAAGACGCAGGGAUGCCGAUCCAAGGCCAGCCCUGUUUCUGCAAAUACGCCCAGGGUGCAGACAGUGUGGAGCCCAUGUUUCGACACCUCAAGAACACCUAUUCAGGGCUCCAGCUCAUCAUUGUCAUCCUGCCAGGGAAAACACCGGUGUACGCGGAGGUGAAGCGUGUGGGAGAUACGCUGCUGGGAAUGGCCACACAAUGUGUUCAAGUCAAAAACGUCAUUAAAACAUCUCCACAGACCCUAUCAAAUCUGUGCCUGAAGAUUAAUGUUAAACUAGGAGGAAUCAACAAUAUCCUUGUACCUCAUCAACGACCUUCUGUGUUCCAGCAGCCAGUGAUCUUUUUGGGAGCUGAUGUCACUCACCCUCCUGCUGGAGAUGGAAAGAAGCCUUCCAUCGCUGCUGUUGUAGGUAGUAUGGAUGCUCAUCCAAGCCGGUACUGUGCCACGGUGAGAGUUCAGCGACCCAGGCAGGAAAUCAUCCAAGAUCUAGCCUCCAUGGUGAGAGAGCUUCUCAUCCAGUUCUACAAGUCCACACGGUUCAAGCCCACACGUAUCAUCUUCUACAGGGACGGGGUCUCUGAAGGACAGUUUCGACAGGUUUUGUAUUAUGAACUGCUAGCUAUUAGAGAAGCCUGCAUCAGUUUGGAGAAGGAUUACCAGCCUGGAAUAACCUAUAUUGUGGUGCAGAAGCGACAUCAUACACGAUUGUUCUGUGCUGACAGAACAGAAAGGGUUGGACGAAGCGGCAAUAUUCCAGCUGGAACUACUGUAGAUACAGACAUUACACAUCCAUAUGAGUUUGAUUUUUACCUCUGUAGCCAUGCUGGAAUACAGGGUACCAGCCGUCCCUCACACUAUCAUGUUUUGUGGGAUGAUAACUGUUUUACUGCAGAUGAACUUCAGCUGCUGACUUACCAGCUCUGCCACACAUAUGUGCGCUGUACACGAUCGGUUUCUAUACCUGCACCAGCGUAUUAUGCUCAUCUGGUAGCAUUCAGAGCACGAUACCAUCUUGUGGACAAAGAACAUGACAGUGCUGAAGGAAGCCAUGUUUCAGGACAAAGCAAUGGGAGAGAUCCACAGGCCCUCGCGAAGGCUGUACAAAUUCACCAAGACACCUUACGCACGAUGUACUUCGCUUAAGUCAAUAAAAUGGAAGCAUACUCACUGAAAGGAAGAACUGCAAAAUGACUCCACGUACACUGUAUGUUUCCAGUGGGGUUGGUUUAUGGGGUGUGCCUCCGAUCAUGCUGAAGUUGACACUGUGCAGGGGCGAGAGGCUAACCCUUAAAUUGACACAAGGAAGAUUGUUUACUUCAUCGAGGAACACAGCACUAUUAUGCAAUAUGAAACCAGCCAACUGCUUUUGUGGCACGGAAGCACCGCCAUCAUUUUUUUUUUUUUUUUUUUUUUUUAUUUCUCGUAGUUUAAUCCUCUUAGGCCUUUACCUCAAGUGGCUCGGCAGCACAAAUAUCUUUGCAAAAAAAAAAAAAAUAAUAAUAAUAACAAAGUAAACUUGAUGGUGUCAUUUAAAAAAAAAAAAAAGGGGCAAACCACCUUUAUAGGAACAAUCACAGUGAUUGUUUGGGGAAGGGAAGUGU